UUCGGACUCGGGCAAGGACGCGCCCUUGUUUCAAUCUGCGGGCUUGACCUUGAGCAAACUGGUUGGAGAGCAAAGGGUCAAAGCAAGCGCAGGGCCUCAGCACUGCGAUCACGGCUGGCCCGGCAGAGAGCUUGAGGUACAUCGACCCCAAUCUAUCUGCCGAAUCCCACCCAUCCCCCAGAGGACACAGACCAGCCAACAAAAAGCAGCCUUUAACUGCAUGGGAGGGUGGGGUCACCACCAGGCGAACCGCCAGAUGAAGAGACAUGCACGUGCAGGGCACGUUGGCCUGUCAGGCUGCUGAGCGACUGAAUUCAAGCCUUGCUGGUAGUCAGAGCGCGGCUGAACUGGCAUGUUGCACGGGAAGGGCCAUGAAGGACAGGAAUGGCUGCUGGGGGGGGGGGGGGCGCAUGCAUUCCGCCGAGUGCCCCGCCCCCGGCACGCGGGCGCUCCGCUGCUCCGGGAGCUCGGCGCGGCGCGCGGCCGCGGGAGGCGCCGGGCGCGCGGGCCCUCCGCGCCUGGCCGGGGCCACGGCCGGAGCCCCGAAGGCGGCGCAGGCCAGCAGCUCCGAGGAGCCUCCGAGGCCAUCUCGUCGGCUCUGGCGAAGCGACGCGAGGUCGACGCUCCUGGGCGCCAAGUCGGCGCCAUCUCAUCGACUCCCAGGCGCGGAUGGACGCGGAUGGACGCUGUAGACGGAACCGCGAGGGCGUUCAAGGUUCUCCCGACUGGCUACCGCAGGAGGGGUCGGAAGGCGUUUGAAACAAAAUAAGAUCAGGGUCCCCCCAAAUAGCUA